ACGGCCGAUGCUGAAGAGAAGUUAAUGAACCAUCUCCUCAACGUUUCACGCUACAACAACUUAAUUCGCCCAGCUUUCAAUUCUUCACAGUUAGUUGUGAUAAAAUUGGAGGUUAUUCUGGCCCAGCUUAUCAAUGUGAAUGAACGGGAACAGAUCAUGACCACCAAUGUUUGGCUCAACCAGGAAUGGACCGAUUACCGCUUAGCUUGGAAACCGUCAGAAUAUGAAGGCAUCCAGAAACUCAGGAUACCGGCUAAGAAAGUGUGGCUCCCGGACAUUGUGCUGUACAAUAAUGCGGAUGGUACCUACGAAGUCUCCGUCUACACAAAUGUGAUUGUCCAGCACAACGGAAGCACUUUAUGGAUGCCGCCAGCCAUUUACAAAAGUGCCUGCAAGAUUGAAGUGAAGCAUUUUCCCUUCGACCAACAAAACUGCACCCUCAAAUUCCGCUCGUGGACUUACGACCACUCUGAAAUUGAUAUGAUUUUGAAAACUGGCUCGGCCAGUAUGGAUGACUUCACCCCCAGUGGGGAGUGGGACAUUGUGGCCCUCCCGGGACGAAGAACGGAAAACCCUUUAGAUCCAAACUACGUGGAUGUGACCUAUGACUUCAUCAUCAAAAGAAAGCCUCUUUUUUAUACCAUCAACCUCAUCAUACCUUGUGUGUUGAUCACAUCCUUGGCCAUCUUGGUGUUCUAUCUGCCAUCUGAUUGUGGAGAGAAGAUAACCCUGUGCAUCUCUGUCCUGCUCGCUUUGACCGUUUUCCUGCUCCUGAUUUCCAAAAUCGUCCCUCCAACUUCCCUUGACGUUCCACUGAUUGGGAAGUAUCUGAUGUUCACCAUGGUGUUGGUGACGUUCUCGAUUGUGACCAGCGUCUGCGUGCUGAAUGUCCACCACAGGUCUCCCAGCACCCAUGCGAUGCCUCCGUGGGUCAAGGUGGUCUUCCUUCAGAGACUGCCAAGCUUCCUCUUCAUGAGGAGACCACACAACCAGUCAGCAAGUCAACGGUUGAGCAACCGCAAGAAGAACAAAGCGGAGUCUUUUCCUUCCGAUUUCUCCAGCACAUACAAAGAUUGCACUUACUUUGUGAACACAGCAGCAGGCCAAAGAUACAACGUGAAGCUGACGGACAACCCUGAUCACAUCAGCAGCCAUCAAGACCUGAGGUUACGAUCAUCGGUGAAGUUUUCUCCUGAAGUCCAAGAAGCAAUUGAGGGAGUCAGCUUCAUAGCAGACCACAUGAGGAGCGAGGAUAACAAUGAGAGUGUCAUCGAAGACUGGAAAUAUGUGGCCAUGGUGGUGGACAGGCUGUUCCUCUGGAUAUUUGUCUUUGUGUGUGUGCUUGGAACCACUGGAUUAUUCCUGCAGCCCCUUUUUCAAAACCACCUGCCUGCCAUGAGCCCAUAA